AUGCCGGUGCCAGGCCGGGCUGGCUGUCCUAGGGGGCCGCCGCCACCCGGGGCUCCGGCAGCAAAGCCCCCGGCCCUGCCUCAGGCAGGGAAGCGCCGCCGCCACGGGUAUCCCAGGCAUGGCCCCACCCGGAGGUGGGGGAGGACCCGUCACUCCGGCCCGGCGCCGCACGGGGGGAGUUUCUCCUCAGCAGGUGGGGCCGCUCCGCCGCCCGCCCCUCCUCACCGCCGACACCCCGCAGCUUCCCGGCCCAGAGGCUGCUGCUCGCCGGGAGCCGCCGGCAGCGGUAGCAACAGGUCCGUGCCCGCUCCUCCCUCCCCUCCGCCUGCCAGGCGAACAAAGGGGCUGAGCGCGGCCCCGCGCUCGCCCGGCCCCUCCGCCAGCUCGGCCCCUGCGCUUCAGCCAUUUGCCUCGCCUGGCAUCGCCCCGCCGCUCCCUCCCCGCCUCCCCGGCCUCCCCGCCGGCUCCCGCGCCGUGGGCGAGGCGGCGGGGCCGCUGCACUGCAGGAGCUGCCCCGAGCGGAGCGGGGCUCGGCGGCCGCGGGAGGAAGGUAAGCGGAGAGGCAGCGCGGCCGCGGGACGGGAGCGGGGUCGGGGUCGGGCACGUCCCGAAGCCGGGGCUGUGCCAGAGCCCCCUCCCCGGCCGCCGCCGCGGAGCCUCCGGGGAGCCCGUGGGGAGGAUCGGUGCCAGUAUCUGCCGAUGUCUGCGGUACAGACUGGGACGCGGAACCAUGGUAGCCGUGUGUGUGUGUCUGUGUGA